AUGGAUGUUAUAAAGCUUGAUGAUCCAGAGUUUAGUGGAGUGCCUCAAGAGAUAUUAGUGGAUUGUGCAAUAGAUGACGUACACGUUCCAGCUAUAAUACGACCAGAAGAUCAAGUCCCAUUUAUUGGUAGAAAGCGGGUGCCAACCCAAAAUGGGAUGGCUGCCUGUGAUUUCAAUAUGAAAUUUACAUAUGCAUAUGCAGGUUGGGAAGGUAAAUACUAUUUAGUUGACGCGGGUUAUCCACAAUUAAAAGGAUUUCUUGGACCUUAUAGAGGAGAACGAUACCAUUUAGAACAAUUUCGAAUGGGUCGUCGACCAACUGGCUAUAAAGAGGACAUGCCAAAUUAUGCGUUUGCAAAGCAAGUGAAAAUAGUUAUUGCUACAAUGGCGCUCCAUAACUACAUUAGGAAGCAUCGUAAGCGUGAUCUACAUUUUCAAAGGGUCGAGAAUAAUCUAGAUGAUUUCGUUUAUGAAGAGAAUCAACCAGAUGACAGUAAUGUAGAAGAGAUGAAGCUUUACUAUCAUUGGAAAUGGAUGAAGUACGAGAUCAAAUUGCAGUAA